AUGUUUUUGGAUGCAAAAGUCUCCAGCUGCCAGACUUUACCUCCAUUGGACGGGGCUGAGGAGCACGGCAAGACCUGGGGUGGUUGGUUCCAAGGCUCCAGGCGUGAAGAAGCCAUGGAGAAGAAGCUGGAGCAGGUUCGCAACGAGGCAGCUCGCAAUCUGCAGGAGAGCAUCCAAAAAGUGGAGACUGCUGUUCGCAACAAUAAGAACCUUGCUGAUGGAAUGUGGGCCAAAUUCAAUCGCAACGUGGAGGCCAUCCAGCCAUCGGCCGCCAUUUUGCCCCAGCUGAAGGUGGAGAUUCAGCGGGAACUUUCCAAGUUGGAGUUCAGCCCGAGGCUCCAAGCCGCGGAAAGGAAACUGCAAGCACUGACAGAUAGAUGCAACAAUUGGCCGGAUCCCGCUUCCAUCAUGUCUCAGCUGAAGGUAGGCAUGAAGCAGGAACUUGCAAAUUUCGAGUCUGGGCCGAAGCUCCGCUCCAUGGAGCAAAGUUUGCAGACCCGGAAUGAUGAAUGCAGGGAGUUGGCAGAUUCGCUCCGCGGGCUACAGGUCAACAUGGAGGAGAGCAGUAACAAGUUGCAAGAGCAGCUGCAGAAUCUGCGGGCAGGUGUGGAUGAAAAUCAGCAGCUGGUUGAGAGAGAGUUCGGGAAGUUUCGCCGCAAUCUGAAUUCUAUGGCUUUACCCGAAUCCGGUCUUUCUCCAGAGGUGUCGUCCAGGUUGGAUUCUUUGGAGGUGGACCUCCAGAAGCUGCAUCGCACCUUGCAGGGUUCCGCGAGGCCUGCGGAUACAUGCGAAGCGGCCGGAUGUGGACCUGUCGAGGAGAAACCUCUGCCAGAGGAUGCCUGCAAGUUGGCACCAGCCGAUCCCAGGGCUGACGACUUCCUUGACGCAUUGGAGCCAGCGCCGGAAGUUGCAGCUGUGUGUACAGGCCCAUCGGAACCUACAAUGCCAACGGCCAGGCCAAGUGCUGAAGCAGUCGAAGCUGCUAGUGGCCAAGGCCGAGAACCUCUGCGAUCCACUGGAGCACAGCAGAGAGCAAAGAGCAGGAUUAGGCUGCCCAUGCAGAACGAUGUCAUGUUCACCAGCCCCGCGCAUCCUACGGAUCCCACUUCCAGGACGAUCACAUGCCAAGUUGAGAAGGAGCUGAUCCUAUCGCGUGCACAGAGAGAUACGCCUGAGAGGAAGCGUAAAUUCCUCAGGGAAUUGAAUCUGAGGCUCCACCCGGACAAGGGUGGCACGGACGCUGCAAUGACGUGGUUCGCAGAGUGGAAGAAGAAGCACGAGGCUUGGUAUAUGAGCGAGAGCUUUUACGUGGAUCCUCCCCGACGUGCCUGA